AUGAAUUCCCAAGCCCUCAAUUCGUUGACUACCAAAGGAUCGAAGUUUUUCUACUCAAACGGAACCCAAUUGUUUCUUCGAGGAGUUACCUAUGGGUCGGAAUCUCUAGAUAUAUUGGCUGACAGAGAAGCAUGCGAGCGUGAUAUCAAGGCAUUAGUAUCUCUGGGGAUCAACGUACUACAUGCUUAUGGGAUUGACCCAAGUCAAGAUCAUGGGGAAUGCAUGGAAAAAUUCAUGGAAAACGGUAUUUAUUUACUAAUCGACCUAUACAUCGCGUCUACUUAUAUCUACACCGAUUCUACUACAUGGACAAAUCAAAAGUUCUCCGUCUAUACGGAUAUCGUGGAUGCAUUUGCUUUCUACACGAACACACUCGGAUUCUAUCUAGUCGACAAUCCCAUUACAGACAGUUCCACCUCUUUAGCACCACUCUCUAAAGCAGCUGUAAGAGAUGUAAAAGGUUACAUCAAAGCAAGAGGUUAUCGUUCUAUACCCAUUGGAGGAUACGUUCUGACUGACAGCGAAUACGCACGAGAGACCUAUCAGCUGGCUGCAGAUUACAUGGCCUGUGGAAAUUCCAGCAUUGAUUUUUGGGCGUUGACAGAUUAUUCAUGGUGGGACAACUCCACGUUCACCUCUUCAAAUUACUCUCGCCUCACCGAAAGCUUUUCCGACUAUCCAUUACCAAAAUUCCUCGCAGACUAUGCAUGUGAGGUCACCACGGAAGAUUACAGUGAUGUUGCCGACCGGAUCUUUGAUGAAGUUGGCACCAUAUAUGGCCCGGAAAUGUCGGAUAUUUGGUCAGGCGGAAUUGUGUAUGAGUGGGCGAGGUCCAGCGAUUCAGAUCCCAAUGACUAUGCUCUGGUAAAUUUAACCGACUACACGAUCCAGCUCAAUCGAAAUUACAAAUCGCUCUCAACACAACUUGCUGCGAUAAAUCCUUCUAUAACUCAAAUCCGCUUCGACAAUACUUCCUCCAACAGCAAAUACCCUAUCAACACAAUCGCAUCAGUUCAAGCAACUCUAUGUACAUCAAACUCCACCAUUUGUGACGGAUUUACAUCGAACGUCACUUCUUCAACCUAUGGCGCAUUUAGCGUUUGUUCUCCUUGGCAACAGGUUUCCUGGGCUAUCAAUCAAUACUAUCUGAAUACAGGUGGUUGCUCACAAAAAACAACGACGGCAAGUCUGCAAGCCCUCAAAGCUCUAAAUUCUAGCUGCAUCAAUCUUCUAGCAAAAGCCGGUCUGUUGGGCAAAACACCAAUUUAUUCAGAUAUAACAAUUGCAAAUUCUACCUCAGACUCAAAUAUCACAUCCGUAUAUUCCGACACCUCAACUGAUAGCUCCAGAUCCUUAUCUGGCGACACCAUCGCAGGAAUAGUAGUCGGAAACCUUCUAGCAGUCAUCGCAGCCGGUUCUCUCAUCUUCUUCUAUCUACGUAAAAGAAAAUCGCGAAAAUCUCACACAGCCCAAGAACUAGAAGCUUCCACUCCCGGUCAACACGGUACACAAGCUGAACUUGGGAAUGACGGACAGAAAGCGGAGUUAUGGGCGAACGAUACAUCUACCAAUACAGGAACAACUAGUCCGAAGGAUUUGGCCCAUGAAGGCGAUGCGAUGUUACCGAGAAAUCAAAAUGAGAGUCGGGAAAUCUGUGAAAUGCCUUGA